AUGUCUCCCAUGAUAUCCGACGGACCCGCAAUGGUCCUCUCUCCUCCUCAGGACCAUGCCUUCGGUCAAUUCCCUUCAGCUUUGCCUUUUGCCGCAAACACUACCCUUCCCAAUCCAGUUCCCUCGAAGCCCUCGCGCAAGAGGUCGCGUGACGAUGCCGGUUUUGAAGAGGCGAUGAAUGCCGCUGCCUUCGAGCCUCCUGCGCCUGUUCCCGCUCCCAAACCCGUAGAAGAGCCCAUUUAUGGCGAGGGUAUGGUGCUGCUGAACCCUCGUACCGGAAUGGCUGUGUCCGCGGAGAGUCAGACGGGUACUUGGUAUGAAGAGAAAGUUGAACAAUCAGCCGCCGCUGCACCGCCGGUUUUCUCGAGAUUCCAGACUGGUAUGUCUUCUGGUGUCCAGGGUCGCAAGUCUCAGCGCCUGGAUCCUACCGCGCCCGGAUUAGACGAUAUCGCGCUUUCUUCGAUGCAAAAACGCCUGCAAAACACGACUGACGACAGCCGCUCAAGCCCUUCGCACCAAGAACCCCUGGUUGACGACGCGACUCGCCUUCUCGGUAUCAGUUGGCAACGGAUUAACGUUAGUGACGACGACGAUAUGGCCCCUGCCGUGCGCGGUUGGAAGAAGUACAUCAACAACCAAUACUCGAAUUACCUCCAAAACUGUCAGAUCUUGAUGAAGAGUCGCGCUCUGAACGCGUUCCUCGUCGCGGCGCAGCCGGUGGCCCCAGCGUUCGGCACCGUCACCAACUCGCCUGCCUACUUCCUCUUCAGCGACGACCUCGACCAAGCCCGUCUCGUUGGCUCGACCUGGGAAGCCUGUGUUCAGAAUCUCCAAUCAUCACCCAUACUCUUUGAAGGAGCUGAGACGCUCCAAGCAAAGGACAAGCGUUCGGACAACGGGUCCAUGCAAGCACCCCUCGGGACGAACACCAUGGAAGCUGGAGUGCCUCUUCUUCAGUCUCUUUCCGCUCAGCCACAGCCAGCCGGUAAUGCUGGGGUUGGGGGAUUGAACGGUGGUGUGGGAACGGGGAUGGAGAUCGAUUCGUAA